GGCACAGUGAGAUGAGAAAGCCGAGGAAAGCAGAAGUGGAUCCUAAAAGCUUGUUAGUGUGUUAGAAGUAAUAAUAAAAAAAACGUUGUAAGUUUUUCAUUAUUUCAGUAAUGGUGCUGAUUAUCAUAAUUAGUUAAGGACUGGAUGUUUGUGAGGUUGACUUUGCUCUUCUUGCCAAAUUCUGAUCAGACACAAUGCAUCACAUUGCUGUCUUUGCCCUCCUGACAGCCUGUGCCUUGGCUGAUGACUCUCAUUAUUCGUUUUCUCGGUCUGUGGGAUCCGGAUAUGGCACUUCGUACAGCGUCAUCGGGGAGGGAAGAAUAAAAGCCGUUAGAGUGUGGGAGAUCUACAGCAACUACAUCUAUGGCUUUCAGCUCCACUACAGUGAUUCUGGCUGGGCUCCAGUUGUUGGAUAUGUUUCUGGCGAACCCCAAGAGCUGGAGCUGUUUGAGGGUGAAAGAAUCAUCCAGGUCUCCGGAAAGUACACUCACUACAUUCAGUCGCUGAUCUUUGUCACCAGCAACGGGCGCUCGCUGCACGUCGGCGAGGCCUCGGGACAUUCCUUCAACAUGUAUCCUACCCACCCAGACGCCGAGCUCCGCUUCCUCAGCGGCAGUGUCAGUGGGCCUCCCACUUCGAUCCAGGCCCACUGGGCUAUCUUUUACACUGAGAUCACUGAUAAUUAAUGAGCAAUGAUGAAGACGAAAAAGAAACCAUGAAUAAAACAAUGAUUUUAUACAUUUUCCUUCAUUUUAAAACUGAUCGUGAUUUAUGAAUCACUUAUUUUAAAUCAUCCGUUGAUUGAAGUUUGGAUUUAAAUCUGGUCAAAUAACAUGACUAUGCUCAUCUUUUCACAAAAACUGUGAAUUUAUCAUUCGUUGAUUUUUGUCUACAUUGCAAACCAGUUGUGAUAAGAGAUAAUUGAGUUUCAAACUAGAAGGACGUGAAAUGUUUUACUUUAUUACUAUUUUCUUGAAAGGAUGAUAUAUGUGAGGAUUAAGGAAAUAAAUGCUUCUAUAACAGCUUCACACAUGUUAUGGUUUAGUAAAGUGAGCAUAUUUUUUGUACUUUCUAUUUGAAUGUUGCAAGUUAUAAAUCAUGGUUUUGUUCUUUCAUGAAAACAAAAUAAAAUUGUCAGGAU